CCAAGAACACGCACGAAACGUACAAUGACGACCUCAAGUCUCGAGGGCCCUACAAACUUCUCCAACGACGGCAGGGACGUUCUGGAGCGGACUCUGGACCUGCCGGGGGCCUCCGCCGCCGUCGCCGCGUUGCUGUCCAUCCCUUCGACGGACGACGCCAGCUUUGCGAACAACUACGAUAUCGACCGGACAGCGGAGUACAUUGUGAAGAACAACUACCAGAAGAUAGCGCUGCAAUUCCCGGACGAACUGCUGGCCGACUCCUCCCGCGUCGCUUCACAACUGGAAAGUGUCACAGGUCGAACCUUCUAUGUUCUGGCUGACACCACCUUCGGAAGCUGCUGUGUGGACGAAAUUGCGGCGGAGCACGUGUACUCCGACCUCGUCGUUCACUAUGGUCGUACCUGCUUGAGCCCAACUUCGAGGAUACCUGUGUUCUACGUGUUCCCGAAAGGCACCAUAGAUGUGUCGAACUGUGUUUCGCGUUUCGAAGAGCAGUUCGGUGCAGACAAAGCCCAACCGGUCCUGUUGGUUGCUGAUGUCAUGUAUCAGCACUCUCUCGACGACAUCAGCGAGCGUUGCCAAAGGGCUGGAUUCCAAUUCGUUACGCAGGCAACAAUAGCCGAGGAUGUGCAACGGGAGAGUGCAGCACUGGAAGGAGACAUUCCCCCAGCUACUGUCGAAGAAACCUGUGCAGCCGAUAGCACGUCCUGUUGCACGUCAACGGAUGCAUGCUCAUCACCGGCGGUCGGGACUGGCUCAUGUUGUGGGACGUCGGCGUCAUGCCAAGCCCCACAGAGACGACCGCUUCCGACACCUGCACGGUUGUCUAAAAUACAUGAGAUAUCAGGACGCCAAAUACACCUGAAGGAAGGAACGAAGAUUGAGGAUUACUCCAUAUUCUAUGUUGGCCCAGAAAGUCUUACUCUCACCAACCUCGUCCUGACGCACCAAAGCAACAAGAUCAUUUCAUACGAUCCGGCCACAAACUCGUCGUGUGAUGAAGCCUCUCAAUCUCGACGCCUGCUUAUGCGACGAUACUUCAUGGUGCAAAAGGCCAAAGAUGCGGAAGUGAUCGGGAUCGUUGUGGGAACGCUAGGAGUUGCGCAUUACCUCUCCGUGAUCGGUCACAUCAAGCGACUGAUUAUCGCCGCCGGCAAAAAGCCGUACAUCCUCGCCGUUGGCAAGCCCAACAUCGCCAAGCUUGCCAACUUUUUGGAGAUUGAUUGUUUCGUCCUAGUAGCGUGCCCAGAAAAUUCGUUAUUGGAUUCGCGGGAGUUUUUGCGCCCUAUUGUGACGCCAUACGAGCUGGAGCUGGCCCUGGUCAGUUCGCGAGAGUGGACAGGCGCGUACGAGACAAAUCUCUCCGUCAUCGCCCCGAGGCUGUUGGAAGGGGCAAAUGAGCUCAGUGGAACAUCGGGAGAAGCCGCGGAUGGAAACGAGGCAGGAGAAGACAGCGAUGACGAGCCUUACUUCUCGCUCGUCACGGGAACAUACAAGCAGAAGGGGCGCGCUGGUGCGGGAGCACGGGCAGACGAAGGCGACUCAGGCCUGGGUAACUCUCUCGGUCAAUUGACCUUACGGAACGGGGACUCCACGCUAGCGACGCUCUCCUCCAAUUCUGCCGGAGCAAACUACCUGAACGAGAAACGGACAUUCCGCGGCCUGGAGCCCGAAAUCGGAAACACCAAGGUCUCCAAGGCUGUGGAGGGGAGGAGUGGGAUCGCACGCGGAUACAGCCAUGAAGCUGGAAAACAGGAGCAAUUGAAGGAGUGAACAGCGGCUUAUAGCGUAGCGCAUUAGAUAGUUUGCACCACGUAAUGAACUGUAGGGUAUGUAGAGCAUAUUAAGUUAUGUACAAGUGGGACCGGCGGGUGGUGGCUCGCACCCCGCUCUCGGCUCGUUUUAUGGCGGUGUUGCCGUCGGCGCUGAUAACGGUAAUGGCGGUAAUUUGCCUGUACUUAGAUUUGAAAACGAUUUCGAACUUUUGGAUUGCUGAAACGAAGGAGAAAAGCAUCAGUUCACUAUGCAACCCUGUAACAUCUCCCUUGUGCAGUAGGCGCCCGCACCUUGUUGAAUGGUUGCAUGAACC